AUGUCUCCAGAACCACGCCGCAUCGCGCAAAUCGUGCGUCUCAAGCGCGAGUCGCUCCAGGCCUACAAAGAAUGCCAUGACGCUGUUUGGCCGGCUGUGCUACAACAAAUCAAGGACUGUAACAUUGUCGACUACUCCAUCUUCUUGGACGACCAGUCGAUGACUUUGUUCGCUACGAUGAAGUACGUCGGUGACGACUAUGACGCAGAUAUGGAGAAGAUGAAAGCAAAUCCGAAAGUGCGGGAAUGGUGGCAGAUGACCGAUGGUAUGCAAGAAACUCUCGUGGAUGGUGCUCAAGGCAGCACAGAUCCCAAAGGAUGGUGGAAACCAUUAGAAGAAGUGUUUCGAGUCGAUUAA